GCCAGUCGCGCAACACGACCACCCCUGAGGCCCUGACGCUUUCCUCCCCGCCAUUGCGAUUGCGCCGCCGGUGAUGCCUCAGCCCGGAGUUCUCAAUCCACCAGCCGCCGCAUGCGCGUAUCCGAGGCCUAGCUCGCUCGCGGCCGCGGAUCUCUCGCCUCGCCCCGCGAUGCAUCGUGCGAUGCGGCUGCGCUGCCUCUUGCGCCCGCCGCCCUGGCGCGAGCCCGCCGCCAACCCCGCGGCGGCCUCCAGCGGAGGCGGUGGCGCUCUGGUGCGGAGGCUCGGCGCGUCGCGGCGGCCCUGCGGCGAGAAUCGUCGGCUUUGCCGGUUCUACAGCUCGAAGGAGGGCGUCGGCAGCGCGGAGGCGGCGGCGGCGGGGAGUGGAGGCGGCAGCGGCAGCGGAAGCAGCAGCAGCAGCGAGCAGGAGCACGCGCUGCUCGAGGAGAGGGACCAGCAGGAGUGGCUCAGCGGUGAGCGGUUCCUCAUCGGCUGUAAGCGGCGGGAGUCGCCGUUCCUCACCAGGCGGGAUCGCUUCCGCAACGAGUUCCUUAGCCGCGUCGUGCCGUGGGACAAGACCGGCGUCUCGUGGAACAGCUUCCCGUACUACGUCGACCAGAAUGCGAGGCAGCUGCUGAGCGAGUGCGUGGCGUCGCACCUACGGCACAAGGAUGUAGCUCUGGAGUACGGUUCCGGGCUGCAGUCCUCCAGUGGGGGGAUACUGCUCCAGAGCUUGCCAGGGACUGAACUUUACCGAGAGAGAUUUGUGAGGGCACUUGCCAGUGAGUUGCGCGCGUCAUUAUUAGUUCUGGACAGCAGUGUUCUAGCUCCAUAUGAUUGUGGUGAAGACUGUUCAGAGAGUGAGGAAGAGGAUAAUCAUGCAGAGUCAGAGGAUGAAGGUUCCGAAUCAGAGGAGGAUGGCGAGGGUGAUGAGGAAUCUGGUCAAAGCGAUGAUGACGAUUCUAUUAAAUCCGUGGCAGACCUAAAGAAGCUAGUUCCAUGCACUCUUGAGGAGUUUGCCAAGAGAGUUGUUGGUAUACAGGAAAGUUCUUCAGCAGCAGAAUCCUCUAGCACUGCUGAGUCAUCCGAAGAAGAGAAGAGAUCUCUUCAAAAGGGAGAUAGGGUCAAAUACGUUGGAGCAUCACUGGUUGUUGAAGCAGAUAAUAGGUACUUGUUAAAAGCUAUGCUAUCCUCAUUUUGGUUUUGUGGGUCACAUUUGUUUUGA